AUGGGUGGUGCACCUUCUUUCAAUCCAUGCAGCGUCACAUUUUUUUCCUUCCACCCCAUCAUCGUCGUCACCGUCACCACCACGCUCAUUCUAAUCGCAAGUGCCGAAGAUCACAAUCCAAAAGAAAAUGGAGCAAUUCCAAGUCUCGAAGAUGACAAUGGUGCCACCACGUCAUCCCCACCACCACCGGUAUCAUCAAGUGAGAGCUCCAAUGAUAGGGAGAGGAGCUCUGAUGCCUUCAAACCUAGCACUGCAGUGAUAGUAGGUGUUUUAACAACCACAUUUUUCCUUGUGUUGCUACUCCUUCUCUACGCCAGACACUGCAACCGUGCAGAUAUGCCCGUUGCUAGCAACCCGAAUCCCAAUGGAGAAUCAAAUUUGCAUAAGAGGAAAAACUCUGGAAUCGAACGCGCGGUUGUGGAAUCAUUGCCGGUUUUUAAGUUUGGGUCAUUGAGUGGCAAAAAAAAUGGACUUGAAUGUGCAGUUUGUCUCAAUGGGUUUGAGGAUCCCGAUGUACUUAGGUUAUUGCCAAAAUGCAAACAUGCUUUCCACAUGGAAUGUGUUGACAUGUGGCUUGAUGAACAUUCCUCGUGCCCACUGUGUCGCUAUAAGGUGAACCCUGAUGAUAUUGUUCUUCCUCAACGACAAAAUACUGAGGAAGAAUUGUUGUCAUCAAACAUUGAACGAGGUAAUAAUGUUAACGACAAUGGGCCACAACAUGAAAAUGAAAAUGUAGGUCCACAACAAGUGUCUUCAAUGGAAAAGCGAGAUAGUGGUUUGUCACAAAUUAAUGCUUUGGAGAAUAAUGAAGUGUCGUCAUCUAGGAGAUCUUUCGAUAGUAAUAAUUCUAGAAAUGCAAGGAGUGAGGGUGUCAUUGGAGAACAUAGGUUAGAUCACCAAAUAAUUUUGUCCCCUACUUAUAAUUCACAUAGUAGGGUCCACCAACGAUCGAUCAAUUCUAAAUCGUGUGAUAUGCUUUACUUAACAUUUGAUGGGAUCAUUAGUGAGGGUUCCUCUUCACAGUUGAACAUCACACAUAGGGGAAGGAGAACAAUGGUGGAGCGUAAUCGCGAUGUUCUUGAUGAUGAGAUGGAGAAUGGUUUUGGUGGUGGGAGGGGUGAAAGGAAUUUGAGGACCGUCUCGGAUAUGGCAGGAAUGAGUAAGUUUUUGAGUAGGGAGAUAGGAAGGGAAAGAGAACGUGGUGGUGGUCGAGAAGAACAAGAGAGACAACGUGAGGGAGUUGCUUCAAGGUGGUUGGCCUGGAUUUCUGGGUCAAAAUCAAAAGGAGCAACUUCUGAAUGA